AUGGCGAUCAAUCCGCUCUCUUGCAGCCUGCUAGUUGCGGCUGCCUCGUUCUGCUUUGCAGGCGUUGAAGGUGCAUUGAAGUCACCAGAAAGGUCCCUAAAGCCAAGGUUUACUUACGACGAGCUUUGGAACCUUGAAAAGGGUUUCUGGGACUCUUUCCUCUACCCUGCCAACUUGAAACAAACUCAAGGCAACGAGUCUACCGUUUUUGCUAGUGAUGUUCAAGGGCGCGUUGACAUCACACGUACCUUCGACGGAGACGAGCUAAAUCGUGAAUAUAUCUUUGGCCUUUUUGCUGACCCAACACACAUCAGUCUCGUGGGCGUUCCAGUCAACUACAGCAUUACCCAAUUCGCCGCGAAUGACAGAAUCGCUUCCGCGACUACUAUUGUAACCUUCAACGCAACAACAUUUGAUGUCUUGGUCCCUGUUACUAUCGACACGUGGAUCGAGUUCAAUGAAGAUGGGAAAAUUGCCCAGUAUGACGCCACCUUCCGUUGGUUCGAGUAUCUCUUAGACACCUUGAUAGAGGCGACGGCUAUCAAGAUCAAAGCGACAUCAACCGAUAAAGCCGUUGCCUACGUCGCUGAUGUUCUCGCCAAGACCAUUUGCAACACUCAUGAACAGUACUGCACUGGGUCUAAUAAGCAAUACGCAGAUACUGGUACUUGUUACGACCAUUUGACACAAUCCAUUCGAUUUGGCAAGAGUUACGAGCUGGGUCGGAAUACGCUCCUUUGUCGCGAGGUUCAUGAGCACAUGGUACAAUAUCGGCCAGAUGUUCACUGUCCGCAUAUUGGCCCUAGUGGCGGAGGAUAUUGUGUUGAUGAUAUGAACUACACGCAAACAGUUUUGCAAAGGUACUUCAGUGAUUCAUGGAUCCCAUUUGGCUAUGGCCAGAGCCAGGAUAUAUGGUUGCAAGGCUAG